AUGCCUCCCAAGAAGAAUAAAUCGGAUAAAUCUAAACAAAAAGAGAAGCAGAAAAUAGUAGAAGACAAGACCUUUGGUCUUAAAAACAAGAAAAAAUCUGCCAAGGUUCAGCAACAAAUUAAACAGAUCGAGAAUCAAGUUAUGCAAGCUGGGAAUAGAAAAGCUCAAAAAGAGGCCGAUGCCAGGAAAGACGCCGUUGCUCAAAAGAAAGCUGCUGAACAAAAAAAGAAGGAAGAACUCGCUGAACUCUUCAAGCCAGUGCAAACUCAAAAGGUUCCAUUUGGCGUCGAUCCAAAGACGGUAUUAUGUCAGUUCUUUAAAAGUGGACAAUGUCAAAAAGGAGACAAGUGUAAAUUCUCUCAUGAUUUGGCGGUAGAGCGUAAGAGUGCUAAGAUUGAUUUGUAUACUGAUAGCAGGACGAUUGGAGAUAAGAAAAUAGAUACAAUGGAUACAUGGGAUCAAAAAAAAUUGGAGCAGGUUGUGAAAUCAAAACAUGGGAGUCAAGUUACCACCGACAUUGUGUGCAAAUAUUUCUUAGAAGCGAUAGAAAAUCAGAGAUAUGGUUGGUUCUGGGAGUGUCCUAAUGGAGGCAAAAACUGUAAAUACAGGCAUGCACUUCCGCCUGGAUACGUUCUUGUCACCAAAGGUCAAAAGAAAGAAGAGGAAAAUGCUGAAACAAUCACUCUUGAGGAAUUUCUCGAGACUGAACGUCACAACCUUGGGCCAAAUCUUACUCCCGUAACUUUAGAGACAUUUACAGAGUGGAAGAAAAACCGCAGAUCAAAACAAGAGGCCGAGGAAGAACUCAAGCAGCAGGCCAAAGCUGCCGCCUACAAAGCAGGCAAAGCACAGGGCAUGUCAGGACGCGAUCUUUUUACCUUUAAUCCUGACCUAGUGAACCAAGCAGACGAUUACGAUGACGACGAUGAUGUGUUUGACAUUAAUAAGUAUAAGCGCGAACAAGAAGGGUCUGAUGAGAAUAAGAAGAGUAGGGAGGAGGAGACUUAUGGGAAAUCAAGGGAUGUUGAGGUGGAAGAGACUGGAACCCAGUUUUAUGAUAACGAGGAAGGGUCUAGUAAGCAAUUGGACAAUAAUACUAUUGUUACUGAGGAAGGAAGACCCCAGCUGGGUCCGAAUGAGACACUGGGUGGGCAGGAAGGGUUUGAGGGACAGUUUCAGUGA